CGGCGCGAUGGGAGAUGCGGGCGGCGAUGGCCAGGUCCCGGCUGAGACCGGCGGGUUGCGAUCCGGGCCGGGCAAGCGGCCCCACGCGGAGGGGGAGAGCAGCACCGGCGGCGACAACGCAGCCUCGGAGCCGGACCGCUCGGGGAGCCCCUUCGAGGCCCCGAGCCCGCCCGCCUCGGAAGCAGCCAGGCGCCGGGGUCAGCAGAGCGCCGGAGCCGGCCCCGAAGGAGCCCGGGAGGUUCUGCGGGAGCUGCUUUCUCGGGUAUUACGGAGCGUUUGGGGACUUUGGGCCGCCGCCCCCUCGCAGAGCAUCGCCUCGGCCCGGGACCCUCCCGGGACUUCCGUGGCUCAGCCUCUGGAGCAAGAAGCGUUAGAGAGCAGAGACUCUUCAAUGGGGGGUGAAGCAACAAGGGUGAAGGAAGAGGGUCAACUGGAGUCACAGCUGCAGGUUUUGAGGAACUCCUCCCACCCUUUGGCCUCAGACAUCGUCCGGGCCCUGGGGGAGCUCGCUCGAGUUGCUGCCCAGCUGGUGACGGAGGCGCAGCAGCCGAGCAGCAGCCCAGGAGGCCCGGAACGCCCCCCGGCCGACGAGGAGCAGCAGCGGCGGUUGCAGGAGCAGCUGGAAAGCCAACAGGAGCUGGUGUCCCAACUGCUGGCCCAGAACGAGCAGCUCCAGCUAGAGGUGCAGGAGCUGAAGAGGGCCCAAGAGGCCACCAGGACCCAGGCAGCCGCUUACCGAAGGCCGGCAGCUCCGCCGCAGUGGUAUUUCCCUGUGCAGAUCCGGGCGACUGGGAAGACCGGCGGCUGUGAGAAGCAAUUUUUAGAGGACGUGUCUAACGGCCUGGUCGGCAACAGAGUCUUUCUCCGUGUGGAGGAUUAUCAGAAGAACUCGGACUGCUGCCUUCUGGUGUUCUGCCCUGUAACCUCCCGCAUGGGCACUGACAUCGAAAAUGCCCUGGAGGGGCUCAGCGGUGUGCAAAACACCAUCUUGGUUGUGUUGCACCUUAAACCGAAGGACAGCACCCGACUGUAUGUCGACACCAGGCGGCAGGUGCAGCAUCCAACUGUGGUCGUUACCGUCCAUGCGUUCUUCACCAUGCAAGACGGAUUCUACCCCUGCAAUGAGAACAGGGAGGCCGUGGCGUCUGUGGUAGCAGCCAUCCAGAACUACGCCAGAGGGAGCUGAUGGGAGAGGCAGUGACUCCUGGCACUCGGCCCUGUGGGGCAGCGUGGGGAUGGAGGGUUGGUGGGGUUUCUCUGCUUGCGUACUCACAAGUAAGCAGAACAAGCAUCAGAAGAAAGCAGGACUGAAUGACUCAGUAGCUUCCGCUGCAGGCCUUGACUCCUCUUACCUCCAAUCAGCAGCGGAUCAGAGAGAAAAGCUCUUAUCUCCAAUCAGCAGCGGAUCAGAGAGAAAAGCUCUUAUCUCCAAUCAGCAGCAGAUCAGAGAGAAGAGCUAUUAUCUCCAAUCAGCAGCGGAUCAGAGAGAAGAGCUCUUAUCUCCAAUCAGCAGUGGAUCAGAGAGAGAAGCGCUUACCUCCAAUCAGCAGCGGAUCAGAGAGAAAAGUAUUUUCCUGCCCCAGAGCCUGGGGGCGAAAGGUGGCAGGCCAGAGGUUCCCCCCAUGCCUGCUUUAAAGGUGAGAGAUUGGGAUAAGUACAGCUAUGGAUAACAGGAAGUCUAUACAGUUAGCGAUACAUUCUAAAGAAUGUUCAGUGGCUAAAACUAGUAACUUUCAGUGUUGCAAUCUGUCUCAUGAUCCAGGGUUUUUCGUUUUUAUCUUACAGUGUAACGAGGGCUCAAGGGACAGGACAGACCCGCUUUUCUUUUUGUAAAUGUUAAGAGUAGGAAGUGGAAUAUAUAAGAAGGAAAUGUAAGAAGUGGUCAAGGUUUGAUUGAGCCAUAAGAGUGUGCGAAUGUCUGUGUUUUAAUAAAGAGUCAACUGUGGAAAAA